UGGAACUUAUUUGUGAGCCAGCAGCAGUCAAUACGCCACGACUAUCCAUUGAACACUUACUGCUUUUUAAAUAUGCUCUCAUGCAGUUUAUUGUAUGACUUGUCCGAGUUUGUUUUUAAAGCAUUUAAACUGCAUUUAUUGCUGUUCCCUUGCGUUUAAAACUGCGAAAUAAAGGGAAAUAAGCAAGCGCGUGUGCGCGCGUGGACACCGGAAAGAUGCACCUUGCGUUUCUACUGACGCUGAACUUUUGGGUUGUUUUUGCAUGCCAGUUGCCCACCGAGUGGCGACCCCUCAGCGAGGGCUGUCGGGCUGAACUCGCCGAGAUCAUCGUGUACGCCAAGGUGCUGGCCAUCCACGAGGAGCCGUAUGCGUCAAGCCUGUACAACUACCUGCCAUACCAACAGCAGGAGCGCGCGGAGGACGGGCUGCUGUACGUGGCGGAGGUGGAGUUGCUAUGCGACCAGGCGUGGGGCAGCAUGCUGGAGGUGCCAGCGGGCUCGCGCCUCAACCUCACGGGACUCGGGUACUUCAGCUGUCAGUCACACACGGUGAUUGAGAACAACUCCUACAUCUUUUUCCUAAGGAUGGAUGAAAACUACAACAUGCUUCCUCAUGGAGUUAACUUUCAGGAUGCCAUAUUCCCUGAUACACUGGAGAACAGACAAAUGUUUUCCAGCCUUUUUCAGUUCUCAAACUGCUCUGGCGGACAGAUGAUGCACAACUUUAAUAGUGAUUGGGAGAGCCAAGAAGACAGCAGGUUGUUGUGCGCCUCUGUGCAGAAGGUGUUGUUUGAGGAGGAGGAGCGGGUUGGGCAGCUUCAGGAGCGUGUUGCCGAGCUGGAGAGGAAGAAUAAGCAACUAAAAGAGCGAGUGGGGAAACUGAGGCAUUCCUUACGGAAAACCCGGAAAGCUUCUCGCCGUGCGGAGAGGGAACGACAGGAUAUGCAAGAGUGCCUUAAUACUGCAGAAAGACAAGCUGGACAUCAUCUCAAUGCCAUUCCACCCCAACACAGCCCUUCACGACACAGAUACACACAUGGACAGUGAGCUCUAAUAUACACACUUACACACAGUACAUCUGAACUCAGCACAUUAACAUGCACACAUGAAAACACACAAACACAUGGACUCAUGCAGACUGCAGGGUAGUCUGUUUUUCAGAAAAUAUCAUGCCUAUCCGUUACUGCUAUCAUAAUAAGUUCUGCUCACCUUUUAACUCUUUUCACUGCACUGGAAGGCAGCACUGUAUUAAAGCCCCUUAGCAGCUGUUCAGACCGAAUGUGUUUUUGCACGUUUCACAUUUUUAAAUCUAUCUAUGCAAACAUGUGCUAGACGAACGUUUUUGACCAUUGCGCCAUGUCUUGCUGAUAAGCGGCUGUCAAGUUAAUAGAGCUUCACAUUUCACACACAUGCUUUCUGUUUCAUUUGUUCCACUGCGUCUAGGUUUUUUAAAGCAAGAACACGUCUGGUCUGAACUGCCUCUUACACUUCUAUUUAUUGUUUUUUUUCCUCCACAAUUUUUCUGUGAUUAAUUCAGCUCCCGAUGCAUAACCUAAACUUUAAACUUUGUUUUGUGUAUACUUUCUGCCUUAGGUGUGCUAUUUAAAUUUUGUUUAUGAUUUUUGACAUUUAUACUCAGUAAGUAAUUUGCUUGUAAAAAAUGUUAAGACUUAAAUUUUACUAUCUCCCAAAGACGCACACUGAUGUAAGGCAUGUUCAACUUUUAAAAUAUAUCUGAUUGCAAUGAUUCAAUAUUGACAUACUGAAUUGUGAUCGGUCUUUCAAACAAACAGCGAGGACAGUUUAGAUGGGACGCUAGAUAGGAUGGGAGCUAAAUUACAAAAAUCUCCUUUUCCCUUAAUGUACAUAAAGAAUGUUUUGUUCUUUUCAUACGCUACAUUUAUUCAGUUAAACUUUUGUAACAGAUCAUUUUUUUGGUUCAGAUUGCAAAUACCAAGAACAAGAUUUUUUUUUUAAAGCUGAACUGUGUGAUUUCUCCUUUCAUCUGCUGAGCAGAGAGAGGAGCAAGGGGAGAAUGUGUGUUUAACAUGUGAGAAAUUCCCAAAUCACUGCAGGAGUUCAGGUUAUGAGGAGGCAGAACUAUAAGUGUAAUAUCAGAUGAUGUAUCUUUAAAACACACACACACACACACACACACACACACACAUUGAGGAAAUGAAAGCUUUGAUUUAAUCAUUUCUUCAAUUUAGAAAACGGUAGGAUCUUAAUCUGCUAUAAUUACUCAGUGUGAACUAACAAUGAACUUAAAAGGACAGCUGUUCAAUGGCUGUCACACAAAACCACCACAACAGCAUAUUAGUGUGCUGACGAUGCAAAAUUAAAGAUCUAAGUGAAACUCUAGACUCAUGUCAGUCUCAUUCCAAACUCUUCUCCAAUCCAAGCAAACAUUAUCAAGUGAUCUCAUAAACAUUAACCCCAGCUGAUCUCUCUGAAAACAUAUGUGACUGAAGUUUAUCCACUAUAAACACAGUCUGAGUCUGUUAUCAAAGUGUUUGAGCUGUACAUGUGAUAAAAUAUCAGGAAUAAAGAGACAUUCAUAGCAGGAUGAAUUGAAGGAAUGGUGAACAGUUAGUGAAGUUAAACUAACAAAGAAAUAAUCCAGAGAUAGAGGUCUAAGGACAAUAUUAAAGGUUUAGUCACUUGAUGAUAGCCAGUGGUGUCUCUACAUUAGAUCGCACUUUGUUUGCAAAAUACAUGGCAUUAUCAUCAAUUAAUUUUAAGGAAUAAUAAAAAGAUUUCCCCACAAACUUGAUUAAAUAACAUGUGAAGUUAGAUUUUGUUACUAUUUGAGUGAAAAAUAUGUUCUGGUUGUAUUUCACCCCCCAAAAUAUAUUGCAUAAAAACAAUUACGAUUCUUUAAGUACCCUUAAGAGUUUUUCAUGAAAAAUAAGCACGUCUUGUGUAUUUUUUGUACAUGCACUCACGGUCACAGUGCUCCAUAUGUGAGCAACAUAUUGUACUAAAACCUUUACAUAGUAUGCCAUGGGUCAACAGAUGUUAAACUAGAGACAGUAUAAGACGGAUCGCUUCUUGAAAACGAAUGGGAGAAAUUGUAAUGCUCAAAAUGGUGGCAGUAGGAAAGGAAAUCCCGCCUUUCACCUAAAAGAGCCAAUUGCCAUAUUGGUAAGUGCAUCGCCUGGUCUUUGCAUUGGAAUGCUGAUACACAUUUGCUCAACCAGUCUGAAAAAUACAGUUUUUAGGUUAAUUUGAGCUAAAGAAGUAACAGUUUUGGAAAAUAAAUUAUUUCUCCACUCAGGUAGAUAGGAGCUGUAGUUGCGUGACUAGUAAUUAAAUACAUGAUAGCAUUGCCAAGAUGGCCGACAAGCACAUUUAUUUGUCUUCAAAGUAAUUUGAGUAAUCUCCCUCACCAUGCUUUCGAGUUUAUAAAUGGACAAGCAGAUGUUUGCACAAAUGUACGACCGUCAUGCAAAUUCAAGUGGGCUUCAUUGGUGAGUCAGUCUGAUUCAAUUCUAAUGUGAUGUUGAUUGGCUGUAGUCAAAGCACACUGUUCAUUUAGUAAUUGCAGGAUAUUGCUUUUAAAGUGCUGUUGUUGAUUUGACUUGCACUUGACCAUAGUAGUGGCACAGUAUUUAGUAGCUUUCAUUUGUUUGCUUUGGUUACCGUCAUGCGAGUUGUGUGAGAUUAUAUGCACUCUUUUUUUAUAUGGUUUUGUUUGAUAUGAAAUGACUGGGGAGGUUUGUUCAUGCACACAUGUUGGGUUAGGCAGUAUGUACUAGCACAAAAAAAUAUAUUAUAAAGCAAUAUGGGCUAAUACUCUCUGAUAGUCUCUAAGAAGUGUGUAAGCCAACAUACAUGCUUAAUUCUUCCUGUUUUCUGUAUGCCACUAUUUGGGAAAGUUAAAUUUUUUUAAGCUACGGGCAUCCACUGGAAUGACCCCCAGUGGCUCUUUAGUUAAUCACAGUGCUCUGAAAAAGUUUUCGUUGCCUUAGAAAACUAACAUUUGCAUGACUCACAAUUUCCCACUUGUAUGUUUGAUAAACUGCAGGUCACAUGGUGAACUGCACACUGACAUGGGCUGUGAAGGUGCGGUUGUAAGUUAUUUAUUUCAAGAGGAUAAUGAGUGGGAAAUUCCGCCAGUCCCUGAGACAGCGUGAAAAGAGAAAGAAUGUGUUCUACCAAAGGAAAUCUGUAAGAUGUUUAAGAUACUGUCAGGCCUGUAGAAGUACCCAUAGCAUAGAACAAAGGGAAGCACCGGAUCUGUUUGGACCAAAAGUCACUGUAAUACUUUAAUGUAUUCCAGUGGUGGUUCAUAUAAACUGCUAUUUAAUCAAUGUUUUACUAUUGUGCACUAUUUAGAUGCAUGUAAUGUAUAAAGUACUCUAUAUUUUAAAGUAGUGUGUUUUUUAAUGUGUGGUAGCCUAAUUGAGAUUUAACUAAUUGGAAUCAGUGCAUGAAAGCAAGAGCAGCCUGACAGCCUAAAAUCUCCUCUGAUAUGGUUGACCAUUCAGAAUGAUUAUACCCAUGAUGCAAUUUAAUUUGUUUGUCAAAUAUGCAGCUGUAAAAGACAAAGUUAAAGAUUUGCCUCCUGUAUAAAUAACCUGGGAAACCCUUUUCGAGGAAUGUUCUGGGUUCAACCAAAAUCAAAAAUUAUGGUUACUAUAAGGCACUUAUUGUAGAAGAGAACGGGUUAAGUCCAUUCAUGCAAAAAUACACAUUGUUUCAGAAGUGUAGCCACAAAGCAUUAAAAUGAGAUGUGUAAGCAUGAUUUUCAUGUUAUAAAAUUGCUUUGAAACCUUAUCUGUGUAAAGGUAUAUUCAAUAUAACAACUUUUGUUGUCAUUACAAUGAAACCCUGUAAUCCCGGUUACUAAACUAUUUUAUCACACUAAAUCAUGUUAACCCAUAUAAUGUUAAUGUCUUCAAGACCUUUUGAAAUGCUGUGUAUUUUAAUGUUAAUGGACUGGCCCCAUUCACUUCCAUUGUAAGUGCCGUACUGUAACCAUUUUUGGUGAAUCUAAAUGACUUUUUGUGGUUAUCAUUUUGUCACAAACACUGUUGAUUGAACUUAACUUGU